AUGUUCAGGCUGCGCGCGUUUCAGACGCUGCUGGACGGCUCGCGCGAUGCGUCUGAACAAAAAGUAGAGCUCAACUCGCUCAGGCGUCUCUGCGCCCGAGGCAUCCCCGAGCACCCGAGCCAUCUCCGCCCGCUCGCCUACUCGCUGCUUCUUGGCAUCCUCCCAGCAGACAAGCGCCAGUGGAAGCGCACCGCUCGCCGCCAGCGCGAGCAGUACUACUCCCUAGCAAAGACAUUUCUCGAGGAAGCCGAGGCAGCUCCAGCGUCCUUUGAACCCUUGUCUCGGAACGACGCACUGCUCGUGCGCAUUGCCAAAGAUAUCGAGCGCGUCGACUUACCCGUGCUACGCACACGCACCGUGCCCUCCCGCUCGUCGCCUCUCGCACCUCCUCCCGAUGCCGAAGGCGCGACCUCGCCGCUCUCGCCCACGUCGUCUGACAGCGACGGCCCCGUCAACGAGGACGCGGCGAGGGCCGACUCGCCAGUCAAGAGGCAACGACGGCGAUCGCGUGCCGCGGCCCGUGCAACUGAACCGCUCCUGUCUCGUCGUGCGCUCUUCAAUCGGCUCGAGUUGCGCGAAGAGGUAGCGGCAUAUGCGCGUAGACCAUCGGUCAAGGGCAAGGAGAAGGCGUCGGACUCUACUCCCUUGCCACCUCGUAUCGUCCUCUCCAAAGACCAAGACAAGGUGGCGUCCCCCACAGACACGGUAGCCGCCGGCAUCACACCAUCACUAUCCCUCACCAUUCCCAACGACCACGACAGCUCGCAGCCACCGUCGCCCAUCACCUUGCUGUCGCCCAAACUAGUCGCUAAUGGCCACCCCAGUGCCUUCCCGACUUCUUCGAUUCUCUUGGCAGACAAGCACUCCGAGUGCCUUACCCGCUUGCUCUACAUCUUCCUCCGCACCAACCCACAGUACACCUACGGCCCAAACUUUGUUGACAUUGUCGUCCCUCUCUACCUCGUCUACUCGGAGACACGGUUUGGCAAGGCCAAGUCGCUCAGCCGCGGUCGCUAUGCCGAGGAGGAGACAUACUGGGCGUUCACUGCGCUCAUGGCCGAGUUUGGUGAUGUUGUUGGCCUACCAGCCGGCGACGAUAGUGCCGUGACAAGCGCACUAGAGCGUCUGGGACGACGAGUACGAUGGGCCGAUGAGCAACUAUGGACGACGCUUCGCGAUCGCAACCUCGACCCCGCCUCGCCGCUCUACAGCUACCAGUGGAUCACUGGCCUUCUGACCCACGACCGAGCCCACCUUCUGCCACUGUGGGACUUUAUGUUUGCCGAGUCCCCCUGCACGCCCGACAAUAACCCCAAGGUCGACUUGAUGGUGGACAUUUGCACCGCCAUGGUUGGUCUGUGCAAGAAGCAGGUGCUCCUUCCUCCGCCCACACCACUGCCCGCCGGACGCACGAGCAUGUGGCAAGAUGUUGUGGGGGCCGAGCCGAAGUUGGAGCCCGAAGAUCCCGAAGCGGCCUUUGUGAGAUGUCUACAGCUCUUCAGGCACUAUCCGCUCGACCAGGUCGGCGGCGUCAGCGCAGUGUUAAACACGGCCUUCGAGCUGUCUCAGGCUCGCCGCGCCGCGCAGAUCCAGGGUGACGAUCCCGACGCUCCGGGCUGGAUGGAGGCUCGUGACGCUGCGGCGAACAGGCCCAGCUGGGCAAGCGCUGCGCUUCGCGGCGCGUCGGCGUCGACGGGCAAACUGUGGUCGCAUUACACCGAGUCGGAUGCGGCAGCAUCGCUCGCCAAAGCAUCAUCCAACUGGACAGCGUCGGCCAUCUCAACGUGGCAGAGCACCGGCAGCAGAAAGGUGACUCCGACGUCGCCACCACCGGCAAGUUCCAGCCCCGGGUGGACUGCCAAGGCCGCAGGAUGGUUUGGCCGGAAACGAGACGACGACGAUGUCUCGGUCUCGGGAUCAGAGUACGACUCGACGUCAUCCUCGCCAACAAAGACGCUGUCGCCGAGGCAGAGCUACGGCAACACCUACACGUCCGUUCCCGCUGCGGGUGUUACUGCUCGCAGAAACCGCAGUGACAGUGCUGUCUCGAACACGUCGGCCAUGUCGGUCGCCAGCUUACAAGAGAAGCUCACUGGUAUCGCCUCAUCGCUCACCAGCUCGGUUACGAACACUCCGCAACAGCGCGUUACCUCAGGACCCCGCCCGCUUCUGUUGUCUGGUGCGGCACGUCGCGCAAGCAACAACUCAGCCGGAGGGCGCAGCCCGCGCAUGUCGCCCCAGCCGAACAGCAACUUCUCCAGUCCGCCAGGAAGCCUCGAUGGACAUCGGAGCAACCGCACCAGCCUUGCCUCGGGCAGUCGACCUGCCUACCCCAUUGGCCUGGCAACCAAGAAGAGUCGGCAGUCGAGCCUGUCAUCUGGCACGCACACGCCGCCGGUCCGCAGGAAAGAGAGCAUCGACACGACCUCGACGUACACAACGUUUGAGAGCAGUUCGUCAUCGAUGGCCCGGUCAGGCGACAGCGUGUCGUCGCUUGGUGCGCUCGGUGCGCCAAUCGGCCUGACGCCGUUAGCGACUCGGGAGUACGCCGAGUCGACAGUGCGUGCGCCUUCACCAGCCCCGGCUCCAGCACCAGCUCCGGCACCUGUCGUUCAGCCACCCCUCCCAACCUCUUCGCCUGCGCCUGCAUCGCCCACGGAGCCCAUCACCAUUCCUACGCCACAGAUUGCGCACCUCACCGACGAGGACUACGAGCACGUGUACGAGCCUGCCGAGGACUCGUUCAUCCUCCUUGACGCCCUCGAGGCCGACGCCGCUGUUCUUCGUGAUCUCAAGCCCGCGCUGGCUGUCGAGAUUGGCUCGGGCUCGGGUAUCGCCUCUACGUUUGUUGCCAGCAUGCUCGGCGAUGACGAGGUGUGCAUUCUCUCCACCGACAUCAACAAGUACGCUGCGGACGCCACGAAGCGCACUGCCGCUGCCAACGACGUGUACCUCAACCCAGUGCUCUCAGACCUGCUCACUGGCCUCAAACCCCGCAUCGCUGGCAAGAUCGACCUGCUCAUCUUCAACCCGCCGUAUGUCGAGACGGAGGAGACGGAGCGUGCCGUCACUCAGGACCAGCGCGACAUUGGCGGCGCGUGGGCUGGCGGACAGUACGGCAUGACUGUGACGAACAAGAUUCUGCAGCAGCUGCCGGCGCUUCUCGCCCCCGGAGGCCGCUUUUACCUCGUGGCUAUUCACCAGAACAAGCCUGACGAGAUCAUUGCGCGCAUGCGUGCCGUCGGACUCGAGUGCAAGACUAUGAUCAAGCGCCGAGCCGGCCGCGAGCUCCUGUCUGUCAUUAGAAUGAUCCGCCCUGUCCACGUCCCCGCGCCGGUGAUUGCUCCGACGCCGACGCCGGCCACGCGCGUCCUGGGGCCGCGCAAGCAGGUCGCAGCGGCUGUCCCGUCGCCUCAGCCCCGUGUUGCCGAGGCACCUGCCAAGUCGCCCCGCCCACGCGAGUCGGUCUAUGACGACGAGGACGCGUACGGCGACUUACUCGAUGCUUAUGAGGCGAAGCGGCUUGAGGCCGUCACCUCCCGCCUCGAGGACGUCGCCGUCUCGCAGCAGUCCGUCGCGGCCACUGCCUCGCUGCGCACGCCCACCGUUGGCGUCCACGACUCGCUCGCGCCCCACGUCGCUGCGGCUGGCGCGGGCGCUGUCGCAGGCGCCACGGCCGUGGCGGCGACGACACCGCGCACGCCGUCCGCGCCGGCGCCGCCUCCCCCGCCCCCUCCUCCGCCCGCCGCGCCGGUCGAGGAGGAGCUCACGCCCGCCGUCAAGGCGUACCAGGAUGACAUUGUGAACGGGCUCGCCGCCGAGUUCAGCGCCAACGCUGCCAAGGUUGGCGGCUUGGUCCAAGAGCACUCCGCCCUCGUCGCCCCCCUCGUCCAGAGCCAGCUCGAGUUCCUCAAGUUUGCCUCGCAGUACGCCAAGCCCGCCGCUUCUGCCUUCGGGCCCCUCCUCAAGCCCCAGGCCGACGCCAUCGGCGCCAUUAUGGAGGCCAAGGACAAGCUCGGCCGCUCAAAGGAGGGCCGCGACUGGGGAGCAGCCUUCUCGGUCCUCGGCGAGGGUGCCGGUGCAUGGGGAUGGGUGCAGGUCGAACCCGCACCCGCGCCGUACGUGCUUGAGAUGAAGAACGCAUCCCAGUUCUGGGUCGACCGCGUCAUCAAGCAGUACAAGGAGACCAAGCCCGAGGCUGUCGAGUGGGCGCGCUCGUUUGUCGCCCUGAUCGACGGCCUGCAAAAGUACGUCAAGCAGUGGCACACGACUGGUGUGGUGUGGAACGCGAAGGGUGCGCCGGCGCCCAAGGAGAUCCCAGUGACCGGUGCUCCUGCCACGCCAGCCGCGACGCCGCCUGCGAGCGGCCCUCCCCCGCCUCCCCCUCCCCCUCCUGCUGCCGCGUCGAACGGUGGCGGCGGCGGCGGCGGCCACGCUGCGCUCCUCGCCUCGCUCAACAAGGGCGGCGACAUCACAUCGGGCCUGCGCAAGGUCGACUCGUCGCAGCAAACGCACAAGAACCCCGAGCUGCGCGCUGCCGGUGUCGUGCCCGAGAAGAAGACGUCGUCUCCCCCGCCGAUCAAGGCCAAGCCCGCAUCCUUCUCCAAAGCGGCGCCCAAGAAGCCCGCAAAGACCGAGCUUGUCGAUGGCAACAAGUGGGUUGUCGAGUACCACGAGGACAACCGGAACAUUGUCAUCGACGACGUUGCGCUCCACCACACGGUGCACAUCUUCAACUGCAAGAACACUGUUGUGCAGAUCAAGGGCAAGAUCAAUGCCGUCAACGUUCUCAACUGCAAGAAGACGAGCGUGGUGGUUGAGAACCUCGUGUCGGGCCUGAGCAUUACCUCGAGCCCCAGCUUCGAGGUCCAGGUUACUGGCCUCGUCCCCACGAUCCAGAUUGACCAGACCGACUCGGGCAUCGUCUACCUGUCCAAGGAGACUGUGGCGACGACCGAGAUCAUCACGUCCAAGACGAGCGCCAUCAACAUUUCCAUCCCAACGGGCGACGAGGGCGACUUCAAGGAGAGCCCCGUGCCCGAGCAGCUCAAGAGCCGCGUCGUCGACGGCAAGCUUGUCACGGAGAUUGUAGAGCACGCGGGAUAGGCAGGC